GGCACUAUGCACAGGUGCGUCGUGUGUGAAAUUGAGUCUGCGACUAGGUUUCUUUCUGUCAUCGUCUAGAAAGCAUGUGAGUGGUUGUUAUUAGUUUUGUUCUGAUUUAAAAGAAAAAUAAAAUUUGUUCUCGAUCAAAUUUUUAUGUGGUAAAUUAGAGUAUAAAUAUUUAAGAAAUCAUGGGAACUCUUAAAAUAAACGAAGAUUUGGCUAGAGAAAGGAAGAAUGCAACUUUUGAUGUGGUUGAGUUGACAAAUCUUUUGGAUGGAAAUAAAGAAAAAACAAAUCGGCGGAAAGAACUGGAAUAUUUGUUCUACAGUGAUCCUGAACUACAAGAUAAAGUACCAGUUGACUACCUCACUCAUUCUGAAAUUUAUGAUGAUGCAUUGCGAAAAUCUUUCCACAUUUUUCAUAAAGCGAUGGAACUUGCAGACCCACAAGAAAUUUUAUCCAUUGCUGAUGCUAUUCUGCAAGAAGCAUCACCUCUUACUGUACAUUUUGUGAUGUUCAUACCAUGUUUGAUGGGUUUAGCUACUGAAGAACAGCAAGCAAAAUGGCUACCAGAUGCUUUAGAAAUGAAGAUAAUUGGAACAUAUGCUCAGACUGAACUUGGGCAUGGCACAUUUCUUAGAGGAUUAGAAACAACUGCUACUUAUGAUCCUAAAACUCAAGAAUUUGUUAUUAAUUCACCAACAUUAUCAUCUGUAAAAUGGUGGCCUGGAAGUUUAGGAAAAACUGCAAACUUUGCCAUUGUGCAAGCUCAGUUGCACACUAAAGGAAAAUGUCAUGGUCUUCACCCAUUCAUGGUUCAGAUUCGUCGUAGAGAUAACCAUGAACCCCUCCCUGGUAUAACUGUUGGAGAAAUUGGUCCCAAAGUUGGUUUUCGAGCUUCUGAUAAUGGAUUCCUCAAGCUUGACAAUGUACGAAUACCAAGAGAGAAUAUGCUGAUGAAAAAUGCACGAGUCACUGUUGAUGGUGAAUAUGUAAAACCUAAAAGUGAUAAACUUAAUUAUGGUACAAUGGUUUUUGUUCGUGUUCUGAUUCUGGACAUGGUGUCUUACAAUGUGGCUAGAGCUGCUACUAUUGCUAUCCGUUACAGUGCUGUUAGGCGACAAGCACAGAUUUUACCUAAUGAGCGUGAAGUUCAAAUAUUGGAUUAUCAAGCUCAACAGUAUAAACUCCUUCCCAUGGUUGCCUUCAGUCAUGCAUGCAAAGCAACUUUUAUUGCUCUUAUGGAUACUUAUAAAACAGCCACUCAUGAUAUGGAAAAAGGAGAUUUAGCAACUUUACCAGAGCUUCAUGCAACUUCAUCUGGUCUUAAAGCCCUAUGUACUGAUGUUGGAAGCUCUGCUAUUGAAAUCUGUAGGCGUGCUUGCGGUGGUCAUGGUUAUUUAAUGAUAAGUGGAAUACAUAGGCUUUAUGCUACUACUGUUGCUGCUUGUACAUAUGAAGGUGAAAAUACUGUUCUCUACCUUCAAACUGCCAGGUACCUUUUAAAAGUGUUGAAAGGUCAGCAACCAGUUCCAAAGAAUAAUUCAGUUUUUGGCUAUCUUCUUGAAGGAAAUAAAAGCAUUCCUCAUACUAUUAGUUAUCCCCCAUCUUUAGAACAACUUGUUGAUUGCUAUUGUGCUGUAGCUCAGAAAAUGGUAUUUAAAGCUGCUGCUCGUGUACAAAGUUUUGUCAGUGCUGGAAAAGUUCCAGAAAUAGCUUGGAAUCUCAGUCAUGUUGAUUUGAUUGAAGCUGCUAAAGCUCAUGUGCAAUAUUAUAUAGCUCAGAAAUAUGUUAGCUGGGUGAGGAGGAGUGCAGUAUCUACUAAUUUGAAAGAAGUUAUAACUCAACUAUGCUAUUUAUAUUUGCUUCAGAAUAUCCAUGAUCAACGUGGCAAUUUUACUAUGGUUGGAUUAUCUGAAGAGAGACUAAAUAAAAUGCAUGAUUAUAUGCUGGAAAUGUUGGCUGCAUUGCGUCCAAAUGCAGUAGCAUUAGUUGAUGCCUUUGAUUUCCAUGAUAUGGUACUUAAUAGUCCCUUGGGAUGCUAUGAUGGAAAUGUCUAUGAAAGACUUUAUGAAUGGGCCCAGAAAACUCCAAUGAAUCAGAAACAGGUUCAUGAUUCAUAUUACAAAUAUCUGCAGCCAGUGAUGAAGUCUAAACUAUAAUAUAAACAUUCAUAUAUAUUUCAAAUCAUAUAUAUAUUAAAGGUGUUUAUCUCCUUUGUAUGAAAAAUACUUAAAAACGUUUGAAUGAUUAUUUAAAUUUCAGAAAAGUAUAUUUUCUAUACUUCAUAUUUAUUUGUUUUUUAAUUCAUUUUUGUAUAUGUAUCUUGUAUACAACUGUUCCUUAAUUCCAUUUACUCUGAAUGUUAUAAAAUUCUAAUUAAAUUGCUGAAUUUAUAAAGGAUAUUUCUUCCUCUUUUAUUUUUUAAAAUAGUGUACCUUGAAUAAUAUUUAAUGUUUUAAGUCAAUUAAAAUCUUACUUUUU